UCCCCGCUCCCUCCUCCUCUCCCUCUCCGCCCCCUUCGUGAACUCCGCCGCGCUUCUCCAUCCCUUUAUAUACACGUCUCCCCCACUCUCAUGCGCGCAAUCCCUCUUCCCCCACCGUACCCUACGUUCGCCCCUCGCCUCCCCAGCUCUCAUCUCCUCGAUCUCGCUCCCAUGGCGUCGGCGUCGUUCGCGCUCCUCCCCUCCCCCCCCGCCUCCCCCCGGCCAUGUCGCCGCCGCAGCAGCUCGAAUCUCGCCGUUUCCGAGGAGCUUAUGGAGAUCUAGGGUUUCCAUGAGCGUCUCCGUCGGAUCGGAAGUGUCCGUGUCGCAUGAUGCGCUCUUCAAGGAUUGCAAGCCCACCUGCGCCUUCCUCUUCCCCGGCCAGGGUGCCCAAACUGUCGGAAUGGGUGUGGAAGCUCAGAGUGUGCCGGCAGCUGCUGAACUAUACAAGAAAGCGAAUGACAUUCUUGGAUUUGAUCUGUUAGAUGUUUGCACCAAUGGGCCAAAAGAGAAACUUGAUUCCACAGUUAUAAGCCAGCCAGCUAUAUAUGUAACCAGCCUUGCUGCAGUUGAGGUUCUUCGUGCACGUGAUGGAGGUCAAGAGAUAAUUGAUUCUGUGGAUGUCACUUGUGGUCUGAGUUUGGGAGAAUAUACAGCUCUUGCUUUUGCUGAUGCUUUUAGCUUUGAGGAUGGUCUCAAGCUUGUAAAGCUAAGAGGAGAAGCCAUGCAGGAUGCUGCAGAUGCUGCUGGUAGUGCUAUGGUUAGUGUGAUUGGACUUGAUUCAGAGAAGGUGCAGUUGUUAUGUGAUGCUGCCAAUGAGGAAGUUGACGAGGAAAAUAAAGUCCAGAUAGCAAACUUCUUAUGCCCUGGUAAUUAUGCGGUUUCUGGUGGGGUGAAAGGAAUUGAAGCGGUUGAAGCAAAGGCAAAGUCAUUCAAGGCUCGGAUGACGGUACGGCUUGCGGUGGCGGGUGCUUUCCACACAAGCUUUAUGGAGCCAGCAGUCUCAAGAUUGGAAGCUGCUUUGGCUUCAACUGAAAUUAGAACUCCAAAAAUACCCGUGAUUUCUAAUGUGGAUGCGCAAGCUCACUCGGAUCCUGAUACAAUCAAGAAGAUUUUGGCUCGUCAGGUGACCUCUCCUGUACAGUGGGAAUUGACGGUGAAGACACUCUUGGGUAAAGGUCUAAAGAAAAGCUAUGAAUUGGGACCUGGAAAGGUUAUAGCCGGAAUACUGAAGAGGAUGGAUAAGGGUGCUGCGAUUGAAAAUAUCGGAGCUUAAGCUUGCUAUAAAAAAAGCCCAUUCCACUUGCAUAUUUCUCCAUUGAUGCAAAUUAGACCAAAUCGACCUUUAGGGUAUUCAAUAGUUCGCAAGCGAGAGGGAAUCUUUGACUCAUGAGUUAUGCGCAAUAGAGCAAAGUCCGUACAAGAUGGUUAAAUUAGUCGGUCGCGAUUUUAUUGUUCUUCCUUUAUGUAUGUAAUUGUUCUAAUCACGAUUCAGCUUAGAAAACUUGCCUUGUGCACUGCUGUGAUAUCUCCUGGCUUUUUCAGAAAUUUUGUUGGAUCAUUUAAUCUGAACAUAUGUUGUGUGUUAUCUUUUUAGUCAACAAUAUGAGCUGUUGGAUUCAAUCUUUGUUUA